GUACAGCCAAGAACCAAAAGCAGACAGGCAGCAAGAGGAACGAUCAUUGGACUUUCUUCUCACACAGCUGUGGCAAUGGAAUUAGUAAUGGGAAGCCCUCACAUUUUUGUAGUUUUGAACCAAGUGCACCCAAAUUCUUUUUUAUGCUGGGAAAAGAUUCUCUAACUUGACUCAGAGAUCCUGGUUUACUGCCUGACCAAAACCUGCCCGUUUACACGGGGCAGAAGGAGACACCCGCUCAUCACUCAGGUCCUGUGGGAACUCGCCUCUCAACCUUCCCAACAGUAUUUGGAAAAAAAACCCCAAAUCCAGAAUCAGCCAUAGGUGCGAGAGAUUUUAAAAGACCCCAGUGCUUGCUUUGUAAUUAGAAAUUACAGGAAAUGACUCAGAUAUACUUUGAAUUUUAAUUUUCCCUCAGUUUCUAAUUUAGCCAGAAGGAAUAAAUUAGUCCCUAGUCAGGAAUAUCUACCAUCUUUGAAACCUGGAUAAUCACAGAGAGUAAACAGCUCGUCAAUGCAAAGGUCCCAGCUGAAGGAUGUAAACGGGAAAAUGCAUGGAAUACCAUUUAUUUAUACUAUUUUGGAAACAUGAAAGGUUGAGCUGACCCUUCCAUGAUUCAAAUCUGAGUUUACAGCAUCAUUCAUCAUCUCAGAAUGGGUUUGUUCCAGUCUCCUUGAACAAAACUAUUUUCUCCUCACAUUUGCCGCACAGAAUUGGCUGAAUUUCAAUUCUGAGGUGCACGGUACAAAGAACAGUUCUGGAGUGAAAGGUGUCAAGCUGGCAAAAAUUGAAAAUUAGAUUGGUAUAAAAUCUAAUUUUUCUAAUAUAGGAAGCGUUUAGAUUUUCUUCUGUAAUAUAAUUUAACCCUAGAAAGUUGCAUAACAAUCAUGUAUCUUGGCAAUGGGUAUAGGUUUCAACCCUAGCUGGAUGAGCUAAAGGAUUUUAAUAAGAAAUUAUGCAACAAAUAUGUGGAAUUUGUGUUGCAUACAGUAGAAGAAAAUGCUUUGCACCUUCAAGCGCUGCACGUUUGCUGGAAUCCACCCAGAGGUAGUAGCAUCAAGAGCACUUUUUAGCCAGCUUGCUGGGUGACCUUUGCUUGAUUUUGGUCACGCCACACUGUUGCACAAAAAAACAACCUCUUAUUAUGCCAGGUGAUCUUACCAGUGACCCAGCAAGAGUACGAACCACAAAAUCUUGCAGUACUGUGAUUUUCUGGAGCUUCUGCUAGCAUUUGAGGAUGGGGUGUGCUGCUGGGGGCUCCCCUUGCACACUUGCCUGAAGCAUUCUCCUUCCAGAAAAAAUGACUCUUUCAACUUUUUUUUUUUUUCUUUGUUUUUUCCUCCCAGUAUCCAGGCUUUCAGCUGCAAGCUCCAGGUGUAAAAUCAGAAGCUGUGAGCAGUGUUUUCCUCCCGCAUUUUGGGCGGGAGGUGGACCAACUGCACAGUGACAGAUUAUGCAGAUCCUCUCGGAGCAUCUCAUCAAUCACGGUGGCGCGAGAGGGACGCGGCUCAUCUCCGAACUAGGCUGCGUGGCGGCGGCCUCGCGUGAAGCAUCCCCCCGCCGGCGUGACAUCAGAGCAGCUCGAGUCCUUGAAAGUCUCGGGGUUGAUUAGCAGAGGAACGGGCUGCUCCUGCCAAUCACCGCCCCGACACUCGUGGAGAUACGAGGCAGAGGGAGGCUGGCUCCGGCGAACGGGAGGCACGGCGGCAGUGGUACUAGUAACAGGAGCAGCUGGUAUUCGGGUGAUUAAAUAGUUCUCUCAGCCUUUUCGCCGCGCUCCGGCUGCUCCCUGGUGUAAUCCCCGUGUCCGAGAAGGAAGCUGCAUUUUAACGGUGCGCUGAGCAGAGGUUUGAAUCGUUCCAGCUGGCUGCUUGUUUGGAAAAGGACAGCCUGUGUAUAAAUGAGAUGUGACUGUGCCGGCAGAGUUCAGUCCCUGGGACUGGAGUGAGAGGAGCCUUCCCGGGAUGCUCCUCUGACAGCUGCUAUCAAUUGAAAACUCUCUCUAGCUUACCUGGAGCCGCGUGAGGAGAUGUGAAUAGAAGAUGUCUUUUUCCUGCACACUAGGAAAAGAAAUUCUUCUCUAGAUAAUGUUAAGAGUUUUCUUCAUUGAUUAUUGGCAACUGCUGCAUUCUGAGAAAGCCUCUUUCAAUUUAGCUUUCCAGAUCCUUUGAUUUCCUGCUCCAACAGCUUUAUAAUCUCUCCAACAACUUCAUAAAUGCACUGCAAUGGUCACAUGAACGUCUCAGGAGAGGAAUCAACACCUCCACGUCUCACUGUUAUUAUGGCACUUUAGAAAGAGAAAACCAAAAAGGAACAAGUCCAGGUCAAGUUGGAAGUCUUACAAAAGAUGAAUCUAAUAGUGAGGCUCCGAAGAAGUUUCAGAACCCUGGUCAUUCUCCUGGCUGCCUUCUGCCUAGCAAGUAUUGUCAUUUCUGCCUAUUACCUGUACACUGGCUACAAGCAGGAGAUGACUCUUGCAGAAACCACUGGAGAAGCAGAGUGUGAAGAUCUCAAGCUUUUACCAUACAGGUCCAUGGAGCUGAAAACAGCUAAGCCAAUUGAUCCAUCUAAAACUGAUCCCACCAUCCUUCUCUUUGUGGAAAGUCAGUACUCCCAGCUGGGACAAGAUAUCAUAGCCAUCCUUGAAUCCAGCAGAUUUCAAUACCACAUGGUCAUUGCACCUGCCAAGGGAGAUAUUCCCCCUCUCACAGACAAUGGAAGAGGAAAAUAUACGAUUAUUAUAUAUGAGAAUAUUUUAAAGUAUGUAUCCAUGGACUCAUGGAACAGAGAGCUUCUGGAAAAAUACUGCGUGGAAUACAGUGUUAGCAUAAUUGGUUUUCAUAAAGCCAAUGAGAACAGCUCCCCAAGUACAAAACUGAAAGGCUUGCCAUUACAUCUUUACAAUAACGUUGCCCUCAAAGAUUGUGUUGUAAACCCUCAGUCUCCCCUUCUGCGCAUUACCAAAGCACCAAGGACUGAGAAAGGCCCACUGCCUGGUGAAGACUGGACAGUUUUCCACUUCAACCAUUCCACCUACCAACCUGUGCUUUUAACUGAACUGCAGACUUCCAGGCCAACCCCCAUGGCAUUGCCAAAGGCUGCUCUGUAUGCAACUGUCAUCCAGGACAUGGGGCUUCAUGAUGGGAUUCAGAGAGUUCUUUUUGGAAACAACCUGACCUUCUGGUUGCACAAGCUGAUCUUUAUUGAUGCCAUCUCUUUUCUGUCAGGGAAGAAGCUCACACUGUCCUUGGAUAGAUACAUUCUGGUUGACAUUGAUGACAUCUUUGUUGGGAAAGAGGGAACAAGGAUGAAUGUCAACGAUGUGAAGGCUUUACUAGAGACUCAAAAUGUACUGCGCACUCAGGUUGCAAAUUUUACCUUCAACCUUGGAUUUUCAGGAAAAUUUUACCACACAGGCACUGAGGAGGAAGAUGAAGGUGAUGACCUGCUGUUGAGGUCUGUGGAUGAGUUUUGGUGGUUUCCCCAUAUGUGGAGUCACAUGCAGCCUCAUCUCUUCCACAAUGAGUCGUCACUGGUGGAGCAGAUGAUCCUCAACAAAGAAUUUGCACUGGAGCAUGGCAUACCAACUGACAUGGGGUACGCAGUGGCUCCACACCACUCUGGAGUCUACCCAGUCCACAUCCAGCUGUAUGAGGCCUGGAAGAAGGUCUGGCAUAUCCGAGUGACCAGCACAGAAGAAUACCCACACCUGAAGCCUGCACGGUACAGACGGGGCUUCAUCCACAAUGGCAUCAUGGUGCUCCCUCGACAGACCUGUGGCCUUUUCACUCAUACUAUUUUUUACAAGGAAUAUCCAGGGGGUCCUCAAGAGCUGGACAAAAGUAUCCGAGGAGGUGAACUUUUCCUCACCAUUCUCCUGAAUCCUAUCAGCAUCUUCAUGACCCAUUUGUCCAAUUAUGGGAAUGACCGCCUGGGGCUGUACACCUUCUCAAACCUGGCCAACUUUGUGAAGAGUUCAACCAACCUGCAACUACAGACACUGCCACCCAUCCAGCUGGCACACAAAUACUUCGAGCUCUUCCCUGAGCAGACAGACCCCCUUUGGCAGAAUCCAUGUGAUGACAAACGACACAGAGAUAUUUGGCCCAGAGACAAAACUUGUGACCAUCUACCCAAAUUUCUUGUGAUAGGACCCCAGAAAACAGGAACAACAGCACUUUAUUUAUUUCUUCUGAUGCAUCCUUCUAUUAUCAGUAAUCUCCCUAGCCCAAAAACUUUUGAAGAAGUUCAGUUCUUCAAUGGGAACAACUAUCACAAAGGAAUUGACUGGUACAUGGAUUUCUUCCCCACUCCUUCCAAUACCACCACCGACCUUCUCUUUGAGAAAAGUGCCAACUAUUUUCAUUCUGAGGAAGCUCCUAAACGAGCAGCUUCUCUCAUCCCCAAGGCCAAGAUCAUCACCAUCCUCAUCGACCCAUCUGACCGUGCCUAUUCUUGGUAUCAGCAUCAGCGCUCUCAUGAGGACCCCACUGCUCUGAAAUUCAAUUUUUAUGAAGUCAUUACGUCAAGCCCCUGGGCACCCUCAGAGACAAGGACUCUUCAGAAGAGGUGUCUGAUGCCUGGAUGGUAUGCUGUCCACAUUGAACGAUGGCUAACUCACUACCCAGCUUCACAGUUGCUAAUUAUUGAUGGACAGCAGUUAAGAAGUGACCCAGCUACUGUGAUGGAUGAAGUGCAAAAGUUUCUUGGAGUCUCUCCUCAUUAUAAUUACUCUGAAGCUCUAACGUUUGACCCUCAGAAGGGCUUUUGGUGCCAGUUACUGGAAGGAGGGAAAACAAAGUGCCUGGGAAAAAGCAAAGGUCGAAAAUACCCACCCAUGGACCAAGAGUCCCGAGAUUUCCUGUCAAGCUACUACCGAGAGCACAACGUGGAGCUGUCUAAGCUGCUGCACAGGCUGGGGCAGCCCCUGCCUUCCUGGCUGAGACAGGAGCUGCAGAAGGUCAGGUAGCACACACGAGCAGGGGUCCAGCCAAGGAUCAUUUCCUUCACCGUGAAACCCCUGCUUCUCCGACUCACCUGUGAUCGUCAGUAGAGGACCUCGUGAAUAAUGCUCUUUCUUUUUUAAAAAACAAAAAAACAAACAAAAAAAAAAACAACAAUAGAAAAGAAUAAAAAAACCAACAAGUGUUUAUAUGCACGUGCUGACAGUUAUUAGCAUCAACCCUUUUUGUCAGCUUCCAGGAAAUAUUAUGGAGCUAUGUGGCAUUACUCUUUACCCAGAACAGGAUUCGUGCAUAGUCUAGUCCCUCUAUUCACCAGAAAGUACCAGAAACUGUGCGUAGGACAGAUUGACUUCAGUGUGUAUGACAAAUUGCAGUCUGUCAGGACACAGUCAAAGGAUGGGAACAUCUCUCGCUGGAUUGUGAGUUCAUCCUCUUAGUGCAACUGCAAAGGUGUGGACCUGCCUAUGGAUUUGUCUCCAUCACUAAAAACCAAACGAGGACUUGCAAACAACACAGAUUCUGAAGUGAUCAAUGUUCUAGUGACUGGAUAACUUUUCUAAGACUUAAUAUCAUUUCCGUAGUAUUUCAAAACAAAAGACAUUCUCUUGAUAGAGUUGAGGAAAAACUUCACAGUCUUGCCCAAGCCUUUUCUUUGUUUUUUUCCUUCUUGCCCCAUGUGACGACAGCAAAUCCAGAUAAACAAGUACUUGGUGUUGAAGAAAAAGAAAUCAAAAUGCAUUUUAAUCACUCAAAAUAUUUUUGUUGGGGGGUGUUGAGGGAGGUCAAAGUCAAUAUUUGCUGGAAUUGUUUUAAAUAAUUGAUGUGAAUACACCUUAUUAUUAGUUUUCUCACCUCUGCAGAAUAAA